UAAAAAGUUUAGAAUGUUGAUAUAUUCCGAGUGCUAUCAUGAUGAGGAUGAAAAUUAAGAAAAAACUGCUGAUAAUUUGCGUAAUUUGUUUGCUCUGCAUGAUUAUUGGAAUCAAAACUUUGUACAACUGGGUCCAAAUGGAGAUAGUAAAAGAUUUAACGAAUGAAUUGCCACAUCAUAAUUUAAUGAAAACAUUUCUUCGUCCAAUGGAAUAUUGUAAUUCUUUCCAUCAUAUCAACAGUGGUGAAGAAGGUGAUAGUAGCAUAUCUGGUUACUCCUUAGAACUAGUUCACAUGGUUAUGCGUCACGGUGCUCGAAAUUCUAUGCAUAGUUUACCUGGAAUAGAACUUCCAACUUUAAGUUGUAAAGUUGAAUCAAAGUUUGAAAAUAUCUCUCGUUUUCUAGAUAGAACAAGACAAAAAUGGAUAAAUCAAAAAAAAUUUGGAUUUGACAGUCUACUUUAUCCAAAUAAGAACAAAUGCCAAGGAUCGGAUUUGACCCCAUUUGGAAUGAAACAACACAUAAUGACUGGUCGCUACCUUCAACGGAAAUAUGGAAGUCUUCUUAAUAUUACUCAGUUACAUAUUCGCAGUACAGGGUAUACUAGAACAUACCAGAGUGCAGUGGCUGUUCUGCUUGGGUUUUUAAACCACACAUAUCUGCCUCUAGUCAGAAUAAACAGAUCUGGAGACGCAUCAUUUUGUAGUCCCAGUUUGUUUUCAGGGUCCUGCCACUGUCCAGGGGCAGAUAAAUUACUAACAAAAGCUAAGAAAGAAGCCGACCAAGUGGAAAGGGAGGAUAUUGAUAAACAUAUGCUGAUGAAUAGAUUAAGGGGAGUGUUAGAAACUGAAAUAUCUGUUGGCGUUUCAGUAUUUUCUCUAAUUGAUGUUUUAAUGACAUUUGCUUGCCACGCCAUACCAUUGCCUUGUUCACAGAAUCAACGCAAGUGUGUAAAUCAGUCACAUCUAGAUUUGAUUUUCAAGAUACAAGAUCGUGUAGGUAAACAAAUGGUAUCAGGAAAUAGAAACUAUAUAAAAUAUGCUCAUUUAUAUUUACAUCCAUUAUUAGAAGAAAUGGCAGAUAGAAUGAAAAAGGUAGCGAGACGUAAACCAGUGGAAUCUUUUGUUUUAUACUCUGGUCAUGAUAUAACAAUAACACCACUUGCAACUGUUUUAGGAAUUCAUAAUGGAAAAUGGCCACCGUUUGCCUCAAGGAUAGUCAUAGAGUUAUAUAAAAGGACUGAAAAUAAAAUGCAUUAUUUUAUCAAAAUAUUUUUUAAUGGAGUGGAUGUUACUUCCAAAGCAUCAUUUUGUAAAAAAAAGACUUUAAAAGGAUUCUGCAAAUUAAAAUAUUUUCUUGAUUUUGUACAUACUCAUUUACAUGAUAAUGGACUUGAUUCAUAUGAAGAAGGCUGUAGCAGCACUAAUCUUUAAAAGAGCUGUUCAAAAAUGUUUUAAUAUUUAUUGUGCAAUAAAAAAUCAUAACAAAUAUAUAAAUGAGGGACAUAUUUUUACAUUGAAUGGGGUCUUGUUAAAUGUUUAUUUUAAAAUAUUUCCCAGUCACAUAUAUCAUUGUAUAUACAUAAAAUCAAAUUUUCAACUUUUCUUUAUUUGUAACAAAGAAGAGAUUAAGUUUACUUUGUAACAAAUUUUGUAGAUAAUUUUUUUCACUCCAUUAUUCUGUAUUGUAUUUUUUAUUUUUAGAUACAUAAUAUUAAUGUGACUGACAAAAGUAAAAUAUUUGAUUCAUUUAAGGGUCUUUGUUCAAACAUGACAAAUGUGGAGAAAACUUUAAAACUUUGUAUUUGAUAGUUUCCAGCUUAAAGAAUAGGAACAAGGGCCAAGGAGAAAUUAAUUCUGUAUAUUUUUUUUGGUGGGGUGGGGGAGAUCAUUCUCUAUCCUGUAAACCACAUUCAGACCCUUAUCCAUAAUGCUGUGGUCAUGGUGGUCUGACCCUUAAGAGCAACUACACACAUCAAUAUAAUCAUAUAUCAAGAAUGAAGACAACAUUGUUGAAAGUUUACAUUUUAAAUUUAUACAAAUCUUAUUUAAAAAAAGGGCUUCAGUGGUAGAGUGGUCUAAGUAGUCCAACUACUGUCAACAAUGCAUAUAUAUAUAUAUGAGGCUGUAUGUUCAAAUCCCUCACAUAGCAGGUUUGUUUGACUCCAAUCUUAAUUGACUAGGAUUGUCAGUUUUCCUACCGAAAGUUGGUGGAUCUAUCUCUGCACUCUGAAUUCCUCCACUAAUAAAAACUGACCGCCACGAAAUAGCACAAUAGUGCUUAAAUUGGCAUUAAACGCCAAUCAAUUAAUAAAUCUGAUUUAAAAUAUUGAUGCAUGAACUAGUCUCUAGUCUUAUAAACAUGUUUAACCCUGCUACAUUCUUUAUGUGCCUGUCCCAAGUCAGGAGCCUGUAGUUUUUGUUGGUUCAUGUCUGUCAUAUUUGUUUUUUUCCUUAAUUGUUUUGUUAUAAAUUAGGCUGUUAGUUUUCUAAAUUGAAUUGUUUCAUAUUUUUCAUGUUGGGGCCUUUUAUAGCUGACUAUACGUUAUGGGUUUUUCUCAUUGUUAAAGGCUGUAUGGUUGCCUAUAAUUGCUUACAUCCACUUUAUUUGAACUUUGGUGGAUAGUUGUCUCAUUAGCAAUCAUACCUCAUCUCCUUAUUUUUAUAUUUAUAACCUUGAUGUUAUUCAUAUCUAAUGUUAAGCUAAAACAUAAUGAGGUUCUAGUGUGAAAACCUUUUUGUAAUGAAUUGCAAGUGUAAAAAUAUUGUUGAUAUGAAGUGCUAGUGUGAAAAACCUGUAUUAAUUUUAACUUAAUGAAGUGCUAGAGUGAAACCUUGUGGUAAUGAAUUUCAGUGUGAAAACCCUGCAGCUGUGGUAAUGAAUCGCUAGUGUAAAAACAUUGUUGAUAUGAAGUGCUAGUGUGAAAACCUUGUGUAAUGAUGUGCUGGUGUGAAAAAAUUGUGGUAAUGAAGUGCUAGUGUGAAAACCUUGUGGUAAUGAAGUUUUAGUGUGGAAAUUUGUUGUAAUGGAGUUAAUUUGUGUUCAAACAUGUAUCUAGUGUACCCUGUUGGGCUUUUGUACUAACAUGAAAUAUAGUUGAUUUGAUCAUUUUCUGUAAAUUAACUGUUCAUAAAGUAUUCAAAUUAUUUUCUACACUAAGGUUUUCUACCCCAGGCAUAGAUAAUCUUUGCCAGAUUUUAUACACUAAGGUUUUCUACCCCAGACAUUGAUAGUCUUUGCCAGAUUUUAUACACUAAGGUUUUCUACCCCAGGCAUAGAUAAUAUUUGCCAGAUUUUCUACACUAAGGUUUUCUACCCCAGGCAUAGAUAAUCCUUGCCUGAUUUUAUACACUAAGGGUUUCUACCCUGGCAUAGAUAAUCUUUGCUAGAUUUUAUACAUUAAGGUUUUCUACCCCAGGCAUAGAUAAUCUUUGCCAGAUUUUAUACUCUAAGGUUUUCUACCCCAGGCAUAGAUAAUCUUUGUCAGAUUUUAAACUCUAAGGUUUUCUACCCCAGGCAUAGAUAAUCUUUGUCAGAUUUUAUACAGUAAAGUUUUCUGAAUAUCUAGCAUCCCCCCUUUCUGACUUUUAGUACAAAAAAUGUUCAAAUAACUGGCAUUUUGUGAAUAUUUGAAAAAAAUCAAAAUCCUGUGGACAUGCACACCUCUAGUAUGUGUAGAAAAAUCCUACAAAAUAUUAAAGCUGUAGUUCAAAAACUGUAAGAGGAGAUAGCCAGACAAACCAUGUGUCUAUAUCCAGUCGGACAAUGGAUGGAUGGACAGGGGUGAAUUAAAUUAAUAUGCCCCUCAACAUUUUAUCGUGGGGCAUAAAAGUCAUUGUAUUAAUUAUGCUAUGUUUUCAAAUUAUGUCAGAUUGUGAAAACUUCCAGUUACUGACUUAAAGCAAUGGUUUAUAUGACAUUAUGAAGUUAUGUAUCAAGGGAAUAUAUUAUACACUUAUUACCUUUGUGUGAAGUUGAUAUAUGAUACCUCAACCUGAAAGCAAGAAAGAUAUCGACUGAGGACGAAGUCAUGGGUCUAUAUACUUUUUAUAUAUCAUUGUAUCGACCUCAUACAAAAGCUACAAUAGUUAUAUUAUUAUUGUCAAUUUACUGGAAAUAGAGCUGAAAUUCAUUUGAUUGGUUGUUACAAUUACGUCACAAAGUAUUGAGGGUUUCAGAUUUUUAUUUUUAGAUACAUGCAUUUCAAAGAUAACUGCAAUAUCACUUUUCUAUCUGCCGUUUUCAGUCUUUCUUCCCAAACACAAUUGAACUUGUGACUCUUUCUGAACGAAUCAAAAUGGUAAAAGUAUAUAAAAUAUAUAUUACAUUGUACAUGUAUUAAAAAAGAAAACGAAUUUUAAUGAUAUUAGAGUUUAUGAUAAGUCAUUGCAUUAUAGGUUUAUUUUAUCAUAUUUUGUCAGAUUCAGUGUUAUCCAUUUUAUAAUUAUUUGCAUUGUUGAUCAUUGUUUAUUUUAUUUAAAUUGUUUAUUUUGUGUUAUUGUUGAUAAAAAGUGUCUUGCAUUGAUUAUAAAUCAAUAAAACAUUUGAAUUUGUAA